CGAACAGCUGUUGCAGCAUAUGCUAUUGCGGUGGAAGUGAGAACUGGUGCUGUUCAUCGGCUGAGCUUCUAUUUCUAUUGCGAAAUAUUCAUUAACAAUCGUUGGCCAUGACACAAGUGUUUAUCAACGGUGCCAGGGACGAUCCCAAUGUACGGGAGUUCGAGAGCCUGGAUCCUUCGAUUAAGGAGCUCAUCCUGGCUGCUACGGAAGCGAGGAAGCAGGCUUAUUGUCCAUACAGUAACUUUGCCGUAGGAGCUGCCCUGAGGACCAGCGAUGGCUCCAUAUAUUCCGGAUGCAACAUUGAAAACGGGGCGUAUGCCACCUGCAUUUGUGCGGAGCGCACGGCAGCCGUCAAGGCCAUCAGUGAAGGCAAACGAGACUUUGUGGCUUGUGCAGUGGUGGCCCAGCAGGAUAAUGGCUUCACCACGCCCUGUGGCGUCUGCCGGCAGUUCCUCUCGGAGUUCGUCAACGGCAAGGACAUCCCCCUGUACGCCGCCAAGCCGACCAAUCUUCCAUUGAGGGUGCUCUGCACCAGCGUUCUCCAACUGCUGCCCAACGGCUUCAGCUUCGCGAACGGAAAAUAGGAAAGAAGAUCCCAGCCAAACCGGACAGGGUGCAUCCAUGUGCAAUAGUUUAUGUGACUUUGUAAUGUUCUGUAAACCCACCCCUCGUUGUUUGUUGUUUGAAUACAAGGCAAGGCAUCUGCUUGUGUUUUUACCGCU